AUGGCCGGAACUGCAGCACGUCGCGCCGGCAGCCUCCUUCCGCUCGUCGCCAUGGUGUUGUCCUCGGGGCAGCAGGCGCUCAUCUCCGUCGUGCUGGUGCUUUGCGCUUUUAUUGUGAUGCCCAGGAUGUUCGGUGGAGGAGGUGGCAGGUCCGCGCGCCCUGCCAAGGCCUCCGCCGGCCGCCCCGACCCUUAUCGGCAUCGCCACGGUGGAUCUGAGAGAAUUAUCCAGUCCCACGUGAAUUCAGGAAAUUCUGAAAGUAAAACGUAUCAGAGCAUCCAGCAAAUGAGGAAUUCAAUGGAGAAGGAGCUGAAGAUUGAGCGGACUAGAGGGAAUGGCAAAGACUUUGCUUUAACACUCAUGCCCUUGUAUGCUAUUGGUGUGGGGGUGUUUGCUUUAUACAAAUUUUUAAAGAUGAAAUCUCAAGAAGAAAAUUUAUCUACAAGAGAAAAAAUCACAAAAGAGAAAACAAAAGAAACAGAAUGCCAGCUUUUAGAGCUAGAGCAACAUCUAGCACAGACAGAGAAAAUGUUAAAUUCUUUAUUGACUCAGUUAGAUCCACUUUCAAGCUGUAUUAAUGCGUUGGCUUCAGAACAGAAAGAUGAAAUAAUGGUACAACUUCAGUCCAUUAGAAAGCUGAUGAAAGAAAGUGGAUUGGACAAAUCAACCGUGAAACCACAAGAUAUUAGCCAUACAUGUCAAGAGAAGCUUGAAGAUCUCAUUCAUUCAUUUAGUGAACAUUGUGAGGAAGAGAUGGGUGAAGGUAGUGAUGAAAGCUGUGGACAUGAAGUGCUGUUUGGAGAGAAUGAGGAACAUUGUGAAGAAGAAAAGCAUGAACACUGUGACCACAAGUUCAUACUUAGUCCAUUGGAGCAGCCAAAGAAGAUAGAAGUUUCUGGAGUAAUUAAUCAAGAUAUAUUGGAACCGCAGUUUGAAUUAAGGAGACGUAACAGAAAUGAAUGA